UCCAGUUUUGUCAGCUUCCUUUCUUUACUUCUGAUCCUUCCCGCCGGAAACUCGCUUUCAUCGCCGGAAAACCGCUUCAACCUUCGGAGGAACUCUUGUUUCUGCCCGAUACCGCUCACAUUGCUCAUUUUCCUUAUUAUCUUUCCUCGGAUUGAUAGUUAAAAGGCUUUCAAUCUCCAAGUAUUGGCUCGGUUUUGCGUCUGUUUGGUGUGUUCCGUGAGAAUGUGGUCGGCCGGCAGCUCGUCGAAGGCUUGCUCCUGGCUAUUCGUGACCAUAACUAUGAUCUGAGUGCAAUUUUCUGGAUUUUGGAUUCCGUUGGUGGUUCUGUUCUUCCUUUUCGUCUCCGGUUGUUUGUUCUUCGGCGAACUGAUCACAGACAGAGGCGUGUAGGGAGUGAUUCCGGCAUGAGAUGGUUGAAGGACGAAUCCACUUGACCAAUGAGUCUAAAAGUGGCGUGGAGUGUCUUAAACGGAAGAGGCUUCAGCGAAUGAAAUCCGAAACUGUUCCUGUAACAAAUAUGUUGACCAGAAGUGGUGGAGAUACUUUAAGAGCUCCGUUAUCAUGUGGCAUGAGAUUUCAUGAUGAUUUAGAUUCAUUUUCCUGGUCAAAUGGUCCUGCUAGUGGGAAUAAUGACUUUUCAAAGCGAAAAGUGGACAGGUUUGGCUGCAGUGAUCUAGAAUGGAUCCAUAAGAUUUCAGAAUGUCCCGUAUAUCAUCCCUCAAGAGAAGAGUUCGAGGAUCCUCUGGUUUAUUUGCAGAAGAUUGCUCCGGAAGCCUCAAGAUACGGUAUGUGCAAGAUAGUUUCUCCUUUGAGUGCUUCUGUCCCUGCUGGGGUUGUUUUAAUGAAGGAAAAAGCAGGGUUCAAAUUUACAACCAGGGUUCAACCACUGCGUCUUGCGGAGUGGGAUUCAGAUGAUAGAAUUACCUUCUACAUGAGUGGGAGAAAUUAUACCUUUCGUGAUUUCGAGAAAAUGGCAAACAAGGUUUUUGAGCGUAGAUAUCGUAGUUCUGGGUGCCUUCCUGCCAAAUACUUAGAGAAGGAAUUUUGGCAUGAAAUUGUUGGUGGGAAAACAGAAACUGUAGAAUAUGCUUGUGACGUUGAUGGUUCUGCAUUUUCGUCUUCUCCAAAUGAUGAGCUUGGGAAAAGUAAAUGGAAUUUGAAGAAACUAUCAAGGUUACCCAAGUCUGUCUUGCGUCUUUUAGAGAUGGAGAUUCCGGGAGUUACUGAGCCAAUGCUAUAUAUUGGAAUGUUGUUCAGUAUAUUUGCCUGGCAUGUGGAGGAUCAUUUCCUGUAUAGUAUUAAUUAUCAUCACUGUGGAGCACCAAAAACUUGGUAUUGUAUUCCUGGUGAUGCAGCUUUGAGAUUCGAGAAGGUUGUCAGAGAAAAUGUGUAUAGACAUGAUAUUCUGUCAGCAAAGGGCGAGGAUGGAGGUUUUGAUGUUCUUUUGGGAAAAACAACAUUAUUUCCUCCAAAUAUUCUUCUGGAACACGAUGUCCCCGUAUACAAGGCUGCGCAAAAUCCCGGGGAGUUCAUAAUUACCUUCCCAAGAGCUUACCAUGCCGGUUUUAGUCAUGGCUUCAAUUGUGGUGAAGCUGUGAACCUUGCCAUAAGAAAUUGGUUUCCGUUGGGUGCUGUGGCUAGCCAGCGUUAUGCACUUCUCAAUAGAGUUCCUUUGCUCCCUUACGAAGAACUUUUGUGCAAAGAAGCAAUGCUUCUCUAUACAAGUUCAGAACUUGAAGACUCAGAUUAUCCAUCCAAGGACUCAGUCUCUCACAAUUCCCUCAAGAUGUCUUUUGUUAGUGUGAUUCGCUUCCACCAUUGUGCUCGGUGGUUGCUCCUGAAAUCCAGGGCGUGUAAUGGGAUCUCAACAAGGUCCCAUGGCACCAUCCUCUGCAGUUUAUGCAAACGUGACUGCUACAUUGCAUACGUCAAUUGCAGCUGUUAUGGACAUUCUGUGUGCCUUCGCCAUGAUUUUGACUCUAUUAACUUUUCAUGUGGGAGAAAUCACACGCUGGUUUUGCGGGAGGACAUUUCAGAAAUGGAAACUGCAGCCAGGAAGUUCGAAAAAGGAGGAAUUUUAGAGGAAAUGCUGGAGCGAGCCAAAAGUAAUCAUGACUUGUAUUCGUAUCCAUUUUCAAAUUUAGUCCAGAAAGCUGAAGAAGAGGGUUACAGUGCUUACUGUGCGGUGGAAUUUCAGUUGAACCCUGAACCUCAGGAUGUUGAUGGAAGUUAUUCACAAGACAAAGAGAGUUUUCCAACCAAGCAGGCUUUGAAGAGUGAUGCCGCUGAAGUAUUUAGAACUGAAUUGUCUGAUUCUUCCCUUUCUCACGAGCCAUAUUUUCUUUCUUCAUACACAAAGUCUGAGACUUCAUGUAGUCCAAACCUUACCAAUAUACAGAAGCAUGCCUAUAACAAAUUUGGAAACCAUGGAUCCUCGAGUUUUUCUCAAUUGUUGUGUUCUACUUUUCCUUCCCUCCAAUCAGGGGAGCAUUGCUCAGGAUCAGAUUUUCGACCUCCUGUGGAACAAAAUAAUGAUGAUUCUGACACCGAGAUUUUUAGGGUCAAGCGUCGAUCAUUGAAGGUGGUAAAGAACAGCAUGAAUGAUAAUAAGAUAAAGCAGUCUACUCACCAGGGUCUCAAAAGACUGAAGAAACUGCAUCCACAUACCAGAUGUGGUCAACUAAUGUCAUCCGUUUGUUGUAAAGCUGACAAGUCAAUUUCCAAAGUGGUUCCUACUAGUAAAGAUACUAGAGAUAAUGGUGUCUUUGUAAACAGAUCUAACAGAGGAACCAUUCCCAUCUCUGUAAAGUUCAAGAAAUUCAGCAUUGAGGAAGCAAGCAGUAGACAACAGCUUGAGCGCCACAGGAAAGAUGUGUUCUGGCAUGAACAGGGAAAGACCUCACACUCACAGGAGCCUCUCCCUCCUGCUGAGUGUGGGCCUAAGCGCCUUAAAGUCAGAGGUCCAUCCUCAUACCUGGAGCCUCACUACAGGUCACAUUGACAGCAAUCAGGUUAGUAAUCGAUCCGCAUCGGAGUGUACUUUCCCGCCUUAUUUUGCUAAUGUAGUUAGUUCUCUCUAACGGGGUCCUAACAAUACUGAAAAAGGAAUAGAAUUAACUCUGGUGGAGUGGACUAUGACAAUUUACAUACAGGUCAAAUGUGUACAGCAGGCCUUGGUCUGAGGCGUUCGCGUAGAAUUAGCCUAUUCUCAAGGUUCUCAAGCCAAGGCGUUUUUCGGCCUUCGGCAGGAAGAACCUUAAGAAAGGGUGGUGACAUUAGGAUCUUGUGGAUAAUUGAUGAAUGUAGGUAGAUGUAAUCAUGUAAAUAUUCUGGCCAAUUUUUAUGGUGAUAAACAGGUAAUACUGCUGCCUUUCAUUUGAA